AUGAUAGCUGACGUUUCGGUAGAAUCGAGGCCUCCGAAGCUGCUUCUUACUUGCUUUCACGGAGAAAGAACAGCCGCCUACAGUCGCAUAUGGUUGAUAAAAGAGCACUACAGAGUAAAUAUUCCUCACUCGAGAUGCUCCAUUGAAGAGGAUCCGGCUCGAUGCAAAGACGAAAAAGCCACAUUGAAGAGGGGAACAACUGUGGAUCUUCGACUCGAACCGUCGACUCUGAUGAAAACGAAGACGUCGAAACGUAAGCCGAAGAAGCAUCUCUGUCAAGCUCGUGUAAACUCAGAAAUAUGA